UUAGUUCAAUUAUUAAACGAGUUCAACUAGAGACAAAUGAAUGUCUCAAAGAAAUGUAUAGGUCUAUCUGUGGCAGUAUUAUAGCUGCCAACUACCGUGCAAAGAGCAACAAAUUAUGCGUGGAUGCCAUAGCAAUUGUUUCUCUUUUGCAUGGUGGCAUGGCAUUACCUUUUUGUUUCUCUUUUGCAUGGUGGCAUGACAUUACCUUUUUAUUUCUCUUUUGCAUGGUGGCAUGGCCUUUUUAUUGUAAACAUUAGCAUCUGAGUACAUCACUUUUUGGAGAGGACGUGCAUUUAUCGCCAGGAAAUAAUUAUUUAAUCAGCACCAUCUAGUGGUAAAUAGAAAGUACGGCAUCCGUGGUCUGUCGCUUUGCAUUGACGUAGAACACAUGCGUUUUCCAGCAUGGCGACAUCCAUAGUGUAAAGCAACGGGAAAGGACCGAAAGCGACCGGACUUUUCAAAUGUGGGUUAUUAUUCUCCAUCAAAGUUCAUUGUGAAAUCGAGUCACUGUCAGCAUCAUAUGUCACUUGUCAAGUGUCACUUAGUGAUUUGAAAAAGCAUUGAACUGAAUGCAACAUGCUGGUGUCAUGAAAACACUGUCUACAUGGUACCAAUUCAGCACACACAGUUUUACUCCACUUCGCACUGAUGUCUGUUGGAUUUCAGUUAGGUGGGUCUCUCUUCACACAAAGACUGGUGCGGAUAUGUGUCACCUGCAUUGGCCAGCAGGGAUACAGGCAGCUCCUAUCCAAAAGUCGACUCCCUACAUGUACACUGUACACAAGGAGCUUUGGGACUGAUCCUAAGGGGGAGAAAGGGGAAAAUGAGAAUGGGAGCAAAACAACAGACAACCUUGACCCCUCACCCCAGACUCUAACCCCUAUGCACACCCAGGGAAGAGGUUUGUUUGGUAAAAGGCGACCACUCUCACCCUUGGAGAGGAUUAGCCGCCUUUUGCCUCAGGACUCACUAGCCCCAGAAUGGUUGGCGCUGAGAGAGGAGGAGAACCCGGAAGUGGAACAGGGGGAACCUGAUGGGGUUGUGGUUCAAAAAGACCACAACACUUCAGCAGCCUCGGUGACUGAGACUAAGACCCACAGCUCACAAGGAGAAGUAGAAAGUGCAGAACCACAGGUGCACAUAGGACAUGACACAGUUAGACCGAGAGAAGAAAAAGAGGGUACUGUCAUUGAUAACACAGUACUAGAGCCAAAUGGUUGCCCGAUUCUCAGAGAGGUAACAAAUUAUUCACAAGAGGAAGGAUAUGUGACUCCUAUGACUCCCACCCUUCUUCCCGGGGAGCAUUUACUCACUUUUGGGGAACUGCUGUUGGCGGAGUACCGGAAGAAGGGCCGCGUGGAGUUUAGGAAGAUGUUUCAGCUGCAGGAUGGGCAACGUCUCCAGAGCAGUUGGGGCACCAUCGGACACAGUGACAUCGUCGGCCGCCACGCAGGAGACUUCAUUCGGACCAUCCACGGGACACCCAUCCUUAUACGGCGGCCCAACCUGGAGGAAUACGUGCUUUAUAUGAAGAGGGGGCCGGCAAUCGCCUAUCCAAAGGAUGCCAGUAUGAUGCUGAUGAUGAUGGACGUCACAGAGGGAGACUGUGUGUUGGAGUCAGGCUCCGGGUCAGGGGCCAUGUCGCUUUUCCUGUCCCGAGCUGUGGGCUCCAAGGGCAGUGUUAUGAGUGUGGAAAUCAGGGAGGACCACCACAGACGAGCCGUGCUCAACUACAACCGCUGGUGUUCCUCCUGGAUCCUGCGGCGAGGAGAGGAAUGGCCCGACAACGUCCAGUUUCAUAACUCUGACCUGCAGGGGGCAUCCUUGCUCAUCGCCGGGCGAGGGUUUCACUCUAUUGCUCUGGAUAUGAUAAACCCUCAAUUGGUUUUGCCCACUGUGACUCCACAUCUCCAUCCUGGAGCAGUUUGUGCUGUCUACCUAGCCAAUAUAACGCAGGUCAUUGAUCUACUGGAGGGCCUCCGAUGCUCUGCCCUCCCCCUGCUGUGUGAACGCAUCAUCGAAGUGCAGCUCAGGGAUUGGCUGUUGGCUCCGGCAAUCCAGAAAGAUGGGCGGUUCUGCCGCAGGAAAGCUCCUCCCUCAGCGAGAAACCAGGAGGAAGGGGAGAAUAACAAGUCGGAUGAAGAAAAAGAAUACUACACAAGCAGUCCGGAACCUGCACCAUAUGGGAGUGUCCCUUACAUUGCUCGACCUCACCCGGAGCAAGCUAGCCACACAGCAUUCCUGGUGAAACUGAGGAAGAGUCAGGGGUAGCUCGCUUCCGAAGACCCAUCAGAGGAGCGAUUUGGUACUGCAGAGGAAAAUGUAGUUGCCCUAUAAUCAGUCUAGAAAUUGAAAUUCAUACUGCUUGACAACAUGCCAAAUAUAAAGACUCAAUAAAACACCAAACUAAGGGGGACAUAAGCCUUUAUUGUCAGUAUCACAGAACAUACCCAAGCCUUCACUCAUGGAUCAAAUGCUGUACAGAUCCUUCCAGCUGAUUUAUAUUUAAGGAAUUAGUCAACAGUUCCCACCCAAUGUGCAAGACCUUGAAGUGCUAUAGCAAAUAAAUAAGUGUUUUGAGGGAUUAAUCAGUUCUGUUAAGAGUGUCCACCUUUAAGGAAUAAUAGCACAGAGGCCCCGAGAGUUUGACUUAAGUCCUUGUACAUAAAAAGUAUACACAGAACAAUGUGAAGCGAAUGUUUUACAUUUCAUGACAUGUGUCAGGACAGUUGAGGGAAAUGUUACAUGCCUUUAUCUAAAGUUAAACCCUGAUCAAAGAAGCCCUGAACCAAUUCCUAACUUGAUAAAUGAGACAAAACUACACUUGAGUUACACAAAUCCUCAAGAUAGGAUUUAUUCCCCUGUGAAUGCUAGUUUCCAUUUAAACCACCUAAUCGAGGUAGAGCAGUAAAUUGGCAUUCUAUAGAUGUUAUGAAAACUAAAUAUAUGCUUCACAGGACUAGGGUUGGGAAAUGUAGUCCUGAGUUGGUUUUUGUAGUACUAUUCUACUCCUCGUUGAUCCAGUCCAUAGACGGGUCGUGUCCUGCUCCACAAUAAGACUCGUUCCCUGACGAAACACAUUCAAAUUGUUAGCUAAGACAUGUGUUGUUAAAGGAGCAAGAUAACUUGUGUCUAACAAAUCGUUGCUGGGUGUUUUACUUCAGAACAUAAGUUAAAACUUGGCUGAUGUCACUCUACAUUGAUUCUAUUUUAAUAUAACUUCAAGCAAGCCUUGCCAAUCAA